UCGCAGGCAGACGCUGGAUCCCUCCUCGGCUGAAAAGCCCUCCCUGGGUGCCUCUUCAUUUGCUCCGUUGAGCGCCAUCUUAGCGUCUAGCGUGGAUAAAGCGAGCCUGUAACAUACGCCAAAGACUUAAAUGGAAACAGGUGGCGGUAUGAACACUUAAUGAGGGCGCCGCUUUAGGCAGAGGAAGACGUCCCGUUCGGAGCGUCACCAAGCGGGAAGGAGCGGGCAGCUGCUGGUGGAGCGGGCAGAGAAGGGUCUGCUUUCUUGUUAUUUAGCUGGCGAACAGCUAGCAGGUCGGCUAAAUAAGAAGACGUUGAAGAGUGAACAUGCCGCGGGAAAUUAUAACACUUCAACUGGGCCAAUGUGGAAAUCAAAUCGGUUUUGAGUUUUGGAAGCAGCUGUGUGCAGAGCAUGGCAUCAGCCCGGAGGGGAUUGUUGAGGAGUUUGCGACAGAAGGGACAGACAGGAAGGACGUGUUCUUCUAUCAGGCUGAUGAUGAGCACUACAUCCCCCGUGCUGUGCUUCUCGACUUGGAGCCGAGGGUGAUCCACUCCAUCCUCAACUCUCCCUAUGCAAACCUGUACAACCCGGAGAACAUCUACUUGUCCGAGCACGGUGGAGGUGCUGGAAACAACUGGGCGAGUGGAUAUUCACAGGGCAAAAAAAUCCAAGAAGACAUCUUUGACAUUAUUGAUCGAGAAGCAGAUGGCAGUGACAGUUUGGAGGGAUUUGUCCUGUGUCAUUCCAUUGCUGGGGGAACUGGUUCAGGGCUGGGAUCCUAUUUACUGGAGAAACUUAAUGACAGGUAUCCAAAGAAGCUUGUGCAGACCUACUCUGUUUUCCCAAAUCAAGAUGAGAUGAGUGACGUGGUUGUUCAGCCGUACAACUCGCUGCUCACGCUGAAGCGACUCACCCAGAAUGCAGAUUGUGUGGUGGUGUUGGAUAACACAGCUUUAAAUCGCAUUGCCACGGACCGGCUGCAUAUCCAGAACCCCUCGUUUUCACAGAUCAAUCAGCUGGUUUCCACCAUCAUGUCUGCAAGCACCACCACCCUACGCUACCCAGGCUACAUGAACAACGAUCUUAUUGGCCUGAUUGCAUCUCUCAUCCCCACACCCCGCCUCCACUUCCUCAUGACUGGAUACACACCACUCACUACUGACCAGUCCGUUGCCAGCGUACGAAAAACCACAGUCCUGGACGUGAUGAGGAGGCUUCUACAACCCAAAAAUGUGAUGGUGUCCACAGGAAGAGAGCGACAGCCGAGCCACUGCUAUAUCGCCAUCCUUAACAUUAUCCAGGGCGAGGUUGACCCCACACAGGUGCAUAAAAGCCUCCAGAGGAUCAGGGAACGUAAACUUGCCAGUUUCAUUCCCUGGGGUCCUGCUAGCAUCCAGGUAGCUUUGUCAAGGAAGUCCCCAUAUCUGCCCUCAGCCCACAGAGUCAGUGGUCUGAUGAUGGCCAACCACACAAGUAUCUCCUCUCUGUUUGAGCGGACUUGCCGGCAGUACGACAAGCUACGCAAGCGCGAGGCCUUCCUGGAGCAGUUCCGCAAGGAGGACAUUUUCAAGGACAACUUUGAUGAGCUGGACAACUCCCGCGAAGUCGUCCAGCAGCUGAUAGAUGAAUACAGCGCAGCUACGCGGCCAGACUACAUUUCCUGGGGCACGCAAGAACAGUAAACGGACCUUUUUGUUUUGCACCUCAGUCCCAACAGCACACAUGCCUAGCUAGUUAACUGUAACUCAAUUCUUGUUCCUUUACUCCCACACACAUAAGCCUCUCCUUAAUAGACUAAUAGACUUAUACCGUGUUUCUGUUAGACACUGUUGUACUAUACCAAAAAAUAUAAGUCAACUGGAAAAGUCACAAAGCCAGUUUAUAUAAUAAAACAAUCCUUAACUUAAUAGUUAUUAUUAAAGAUGGAGUACUUAACUUUGUAACGUUGCUCAAAAUAAUCUGAAACUUUCUACAGUGUCACCGUUUCGUUCCAAUUUUAUAAAAUACUUUGUGUCCUCAGUUUGAGGUGAAAUCUUGCUUAUGGCCUUGAAUAAUGGAUAAUGAGUCAAACUGUCUGAAUGCAUUGCAUGAUAAAAGUAGGUUUUUCUAUUUCACAUUUCUGGCACAGUGCGUGUACCGUCUGCUGCUGACACAUGGCUCAUUAUAUAUCGCUGUAUGAGACAAACGAGACUGUCAAGUUGAAGUUGGCUCCAGGCCAAAGAAGUGGUGGUAAACAUACCUUCUAUUUAAAUUGAUCUUUUACCAGCACUUGACAUCUGUAAUAAGACGCUGCACAGAUGAAGAGGGCUGGAUCUCAUUCUAACACAUCUCUGUGCCUGUAAAUAUACCUUUGUUGGCUGGUCUGUACUGUCUUUUCUCAUUGGACCUGUUUAAAAUGAUGAAUAAUAAACACAUUGCUUUUU